AUGUCAAUGUACAAGCUCACUCCAACGUUCAAGUCUGACUUCGAGGUCAACCCAAAAAUCGCAUGCUAUCGCGUCGCAUCCUAUCACAAUCCAGCAACCGGCACUCAGUCAUCUACUACACAAAGUGCUGAGACCGAGAGUGACCCUCGCAAGGCGUUGGAGAAGAAGCAGCUCGAGUUGAUCGAGAGACUCAAGGGACAAACUGAACAGCUUAAUAACCUUCUCGUGACUUUGGCACCAGCUAAAGGAGCUCCGGUUUGUGCUAAACCAGCGCAGAAACCACAGAAAGAGGCGACACCAGAGGCCGCUACUGCAGGUGGAAAGAAAGAUAAGGAUGCCAAGAAGGAGGCUCGAAAAGCCGCCAAAGCUGAAGCUGUGAAGAAAGUUGCCGGUAGUGCCGCUCCAGCCCCAAAGACAUCUGCGAAAUCUUCAGGAAACCAGUGGACUGUAGAGGAUGAUCGGAAGACGUGGGAAACGAAUCUGACGCUUACAGUGAAUCUUCCAACUUCCUUGGUUGCUUACGAGCAAGAACACUUGAAAAAUGUGACACUCACAGUGAGAGAAGCGGAUUUGACCUGGGUGAAAGCUUUGGCGAAGGUUGGAGAAAAGCGAGGAGUGUCGAUUGAAGGAGAAGUCAAGAAUCAGGCUAAAGAGAAGAAGAGUACAGUGAAAGUGGUGAAAGGAAAGGGAACGCCAACGUUGCAGAUCGAGAAGACCACUGUGAAAUCUCUUCAGACUAUCUGGAAGGUUCUGGGAUCGGCAUUAGGGCUCUACUCUAGACGACCACAACAAGUCCUCAGUGCUAGUCAUCAGGCUAUUUGGCUUAAUAAGCAAAUCCUUCUUGGCACCGGAGAUCUCUCGUACGCCACUCGUGAAGCUUCCCAAUUCCUGGCACGCUUCGACUCACUCAGCUCUCAAUGGGAAGUGUCCAUCGCCGAUAUCGUAUUCAGAAGUCUACUGAAUUUGUCCGACGCCCAACCGAAUAAUGUGGAGACGUGGGCGAAGAAGAUUGACGCCUUGGUUGCCUAG